AUGAAAAACAGGCAGGAGCCACCAAAACCACCUUCUCCCAAAAGAACAGUUAACGUUAUAAGCGGGGGCGAAGACAUCAAUGUUGUAUCAUAUGCCGCAGCUAACAAAAUUUCAAAAGUUACAAUUACCCACGGGAAGCGGCUGCGGCAUGUGUUAGAAGAAGAAAAUAUUACGUUUGAUGAUGCAGAUGCUGAGGGUUUAUUGACUCCACAUAACGACGCACUGGUAAUAUCUUUACUCAUAUAUGAUACUAAUGUUAAACGGGUUUUAAUUGAUCCAGGUAGUUCAGUGAACAUUAUUUUGUUACGAGUGCUACGUGAGAUGCAAGCAGAAGGGAAAUUGGUGCCAAAAGCGCAUACUUUGUCAGGUUUCGACAAUUCUAGUGUGGUAACAAAAGGGGAAGUGAUGCUCACUACAUUUGCGGAAGGUGUUGUCAAGGAUACAAAAUUUCAAGUAGUAGAAAUGGAAAUGGCUUACAAUAUAAUUAUGGGUAGGCCAUGGAUCCACGACAUGGAUGUUGUUCCAUCAACUUUGCAUCAA